AUGAUGUUUCCACUGGGUCGCGCAGCACAGCGCACCGACAAGAGAGCUUUGCUUGCCGAACUCCCUGAUUAUGCCGUGGCUCACAACUUUGGCUUGGAGCAGCAAUCCGCUGGGUCGCGUGACGACCACCAAGCAUUGGACGCUGGCAUCCGCGCUAAUGGGCUCAUGAUCCGGGAGACGAUCGCGGAUGGUGAUUGCGGGUUGCACGCCAUUCUUCUUAACCUUCAGCGGUUACGGAUUCAGACGGAGCCUGCAGCUGGCAUCUUGUCCCUUCUUGAAAAGAAGGGUUUGGACUCUGCGUGCCAGGCACUACGCCUCAACCUAGUUAUCUGGCUGAGGGAUCAUCAGGCGGAGGAGCUGAUGCCGGAUACCAGUCUUUCUGACUGGGUGCAGAUGGACGGCUACAGCAGUUUCAGUGCUUAUAUGAAGCAUAUGAAAGUGGCCAAAACUUGGAUUGAUAGUCCGAUGCUUUAUGCAGCAUCUGCUGUGUUUCUGCUUCAAUUCGUCAUCUUCCUGGACGACGGUCGGGGUCAUUUGCUGGCCGCCCAGGUGGUUCAGCAGCAAGAAUCGGGCCAUGUAGCAUUGAUGACUAACAUCGGGAGAUGUCACUUUCAGGCAUUGCAGCCGCUUCCUCCCGAGAAUUUCUCUCUAUGUUCAAGCACUGCAGACGAUUUACGGCUGUACGUGCCGGAGACACAAGAUGAUGCUGAGUCUGCUGAGGACUCUGCAUCGGAUGCGACGGAUGGAGAAGCCACCCCUGUGCCUGAACAGAACAGUCAUGCUGAAAAGACAAUUCGAAUGUGCCAGGCACUUAUAAACUGGGACCCUUUUGCUUCUACCUGUGAUCCCCAGCUUCCUGACCUUCUGAAGUCGCUGGAGAAUACCGAUGAGCCAUCGGAAGCAUUGUUGCAAACAUUGCAAUGGAGGGCCGCAGUCAAACUUCUGCAGCAUGAGGAGUUCGACAGAGCAGAAGUUGAUCGAUCCUUCCAUCUGGAACUGGCAAGGAUCAAUGUCCUUAAAAGGACAACCCCGGCUGGACAAAAGAUGUUAUACGUGAAAUCCCGGACUUUGGGGCCCAAGCUGACACUGCCAGCCAACAAGAAAAGCCUGGUGCCUCCUUGCCGCAAGAACAGCACAUGCCAUACCUGUCUAGACCCCUUCCGGAGUUGCCCGAAACUGGUCUUGCGUUGGCGAAAGAUGUGGUACAGCCUGCCGAAAGCGGACAGACAGGAACGUCUCGAGCGGUUUUUUGCAACAGCGAAGCAGCAGCAGGAAGCGGAAGGACAAGAUGAAUUCCGAAUGCCUUUCAGUGUUUUCGGACAGAGCGUCUGCAGGGAUGCGUUCAUACGCAUCACAGGUAUCCAUGCACACACGCUUCAGAGAGCUCGAUCGGCUGCUGUGGCUGGUGUUUCGCACCAGUCCGAGAUCGCUGCGUGGCGAUCGCGCAGGGCACCGGCCUACCUCGAUUGCAGAGCCUGGCUUCUCGAUUAUGCCCGUAUCCACGCUGACACCAGUCCACUGAACUCCAAUCUUUGGUUGCCCUAUGCCCGCAAGCACUUCUUCUACUGGACAUACGUCAGCGACUGCAGACACCAGCAGAAACCAUUGGAGGAAGUGGCGGGCUUGAAGUACUUCCUCAAGGUUUGGAGAACGGAGCUCCCGUGGAUAAAGCGCCGACCUACAGCUGGCCCCUUCACCCACUGCGGUCUGUGCGAUUAUCUGAAGUGGACGAUGGCCCGCUGCUCGGACAGAGGCGGCCGCGAGAAGCUGGCGGGCAUACUUGGGGAGCACUUCCAGUUUCAGGCUGCGCAGAGGGUCGCGAUGUCGCAGAUCUUCAAGGAGAGUGAGGCGCGCCCUGAUGAACUGAUUGCAGUGGCAUGGGACAAGAUGGACCAGGCGAAGACCAUCGUGCCACGUGUUGUGUCAUUGGCCAACACACAGUUCAUGAAAGGCGGUGCUCGCCUGGUGGUUUCCUUGAUUGGCGUUCUCGCACCCUGUCUCUUCAAGCAACCCCUGCUGUACACCAUUCUGGAAGAUCAGGUGCACGGCGGCGACAUGGUGGCUAGUUUGAUGCUAGAUGUUCUCGAGGAAGCUGUGGGCAUCAAGGGGCAGCUGCCAACGAGGUUCUUCAUUCAAGCCGACAACACUGUCAAGGAGACGAAGAACACGAUUGCAUUGUUUGCAGCGGCGUGGCUACUGAUACAGCUCAAAGGCACGAGGCUGACCUGCAUUGAAUUUGGCUACUUAGUUGUGGGUCACACCCACGACUUGAUAGAUGCCAUGUUCGCAUACAUCUCGAAGGCUCUGGCUGGACGCGACUUCUACAGCGUUGAUGAGAUGAUAGGCAUUCUGCAAAACAGCAUGAAGAAUCCGCCUUUCUGGAAACACUUGCGCGACAUUUACAGCUUCAAAGCUGCUCAGCCUCACAGCCUUAGCAGCAAGAGGGUGAAGGGCAUCUCGCAGCCCAAUAAUGUGCGCAUCUUUUGGGGUUCUGAUGGCAAUCUGCUUGUCCAGUCCAAACAUUGGCUGACUUCCGAAUCUUGGGGCGAAGCGUUGGUCCUGUUGGAUCAGACAGAGGUCACUCGAGUGGGCCACCUGUAUCCCGACAUUGUGGAGCCUGCAUGGGACGAAUCUUUCUUGAGAACUUCAGAAGGUUUCUUUCAGAAGUUGGAAGACUUGUUUCUUGGCGUGAGAUCGGAAAAGUUGUCGGUUGGUAUUGUUAGCUUUUGUGCUUGCAUUCAAUCUUUUGCAGCAGGGCCAGGUUUGUUCAGUAUCACCGUUUGGCCCUCCCUCCGAAAGCCAAGGUUGUUUGCAGCUUCGUUUUCGACGGAUGGUAUCCAGAAGUGCCGAGCCUUGUUGAGACACGAGAACCCGUCCUUCAUGCCGUCAGGGCGAACACUUGGAGACCGCGUGAUCGCAUUGCGAAGACGCAUAGACUCCAAUCCGGCACGGCCAGCAGCGAGUGGCUUCUCAGAAGGCCUUCGAAAAGCAAUGGCAGCUGCGUUUCCUGGAUCUUCAGCAAGUGUCCGCGACGGGAAGACUGGACUACUCACAAUUGCCGGGGCAGAGAGCUCGGACCAGAUGGGUUUUUGCCAAGACGAGCUGGAAACAGGCAUGAUCGUGCUCUUCUCAUGCACGAGGCAUGCAGACUUGCCGUGUCGCGUCGGCAAAGUGCUCCGAAUUCUGCGCGAGUUCGGUUCUGACCCCACGGCUGUUGUGGAGACUUGGCAUCCUGUAGUUAAUCCAAGCAAAUAUGAUCGCGUCCAUGUUUUUGCUUCAUGGGCCCCAGCUGGCCGUGAUGGAGCUGCCGAGGGCUCGAAACGCAAACGAAGCAGGCCAGAGCUACCCUUGCGCACAAUUCCCCUGGGAGAUGUUCUUGUUUGGCCGCUGGAUUUGGAAAAGAAGGAAGAUCAGGAGCAAUCGGACCAGAGCGGCAAGGUGCCCUUGCCGGCUUUUCAUUUCAUGCGCGAGGUGCGCAUGGUAGAUGUGAGCCCAAAGCGCUUCAGUUUCAGCAAGAGAGGGCAGGCCUUCUACCGAGAGGUCGUGAAGCGCACUGCGGAGUACAUGCGUGCCGGGGAAUAA